AUGGUGAAACGAGAUACCGGAGCUCCUGCACGACUCUACCUCUUUCUCUCUAUGGGUGACUCUACCUCUUUCUCUCCCUCUGCCAGGGGGCGGGGCUGAACGAGAAGCUUUGAUUCGCCCAUUAGGUCAAAGUAGCGACCAAUCGAAAGAGAGCGAUCAUUUUAUACAUAUGCGGAGGGGCGGAGCUUCGUGGAAGGUAUUUGCAACAGUAGGAGGAAAAGGCUGGACUGUAAAAGAAAUGGAAGAACUUAUUUCUGCAUAAACCUGAUCUUUGCUCUCUUUUUUUAAAUGUUAUUUAAAAUAAACGGCUGCUUUUAGAAAGAGUAAGUUCUGUAGAAUGUUUACAAGUUUAUUUGUUUUUAGUGCAAAUCUUUUAUUUCCGCGUACUUCGCCUGCAGUUAGGAGGACGGGCAAGAGCAGCAGCCGCGCUUUCCAAUCGUCUGGUUUUCAUUUCUCCUGGGGCACAAGGUAAGUGACAGGCGAGGGGUUUCAGUGGGUAGGUGGGUUGUUUCUGACGCAUAAGACCAGUUUUUUGGGGGGAGGGAAGAGAUUGAGAGGAAAAGGGCAAGCCCGGGCAUGCAAAGCCCAGAGCAGGAAGGUGCUGCUGCCGCAGGCACAAGAGGUGGGCGGACCUCAGGCUUUUGCAAGGUUUUCUUUUCUUUUUCACUAUGAAGACCCGUAAGGGCCGCAGAUGGCACCGAAACGAAAAGAAGGGCGGGGGGGGGGAGAGAGAGGGGAGGGAGACCCAGAUUUAGAUGUCCAUAUAAAAGUGCAAAUUUCACUUUUCAUUUCAUGGGUCCCCUACUCAGUUCUGAAAUUAGGGAGUAUAGUCGCAAAAGGAGCAGGUCCCAGACGGCCCAUUGAUGGUCAUGUUUUACACGCAGGGAGCCCAGAGCCUCAUCAUAAGGCCAGCCCUUGCAACUUCAUUUAAAUGUUGUUUGCUUAUUUUAAACUUUGCAUACCGCUCUUCGCCAUGUAGGUUUCAAAGCGGCUUACAGCAAUAGAAUAGAAAUAUAUGCAACAUUUGAAACUUUUAAAAAUAUCAUAAAAGGGAUGUGCAAGCUUAUGUAUAAAUUCAAUGGGUAGAACAAAAGCCAUUAGAUGUACUGCUGGAUAACAGUUUUAGUUCCUGUUUUUGUAUUUAUGUCGUUUAAAAACCAAUCAAAAAUAUUGUUAAAAAAGAAAAAUAAGGAAAAUAUCUGGGAAGCAUUCAGAGUGCAAAGUCCCCCCGAAAUGAAACAGUUUUGGCCAAGCGUCUGACACACAGUAAGGGCCAGUUCCUGCCCCAACUUCUUAUGGGACAGAGUUGCCCAGAGUUGGGCCUAUAACACUGAAGGUACUCCUGACUUGAUUGAUGCUUCUGGCCUUAAUAGUACUCAUCCAAGGAGCACUACAGGGUAAGGUGGUCCUUAAAGCAUCUGGGGCUUAAAUGAUUAAGGGCUUUGCACACUAGUACAGGGACCUUGAACUUGGCCUGGUAGCAUUUUGGAAGUCAGAGCAGGUCUUUCAUUUUUUUUUUAUAAUUGAUAUUUAUUAAGUUUUCAAAGAAUAACAACAAAAAUUUCCAAAAAAAUUUGAGGAUACAAAAAACAAAAAUAGUACAUAAACAAAAAAGAAAAGAAAACCCAGCCGCAAAGAAAAAAAGAAAAGAAAAACAGAAAAACAAAAAUAUAAAGUCCUUUACAAUCUCUAUUGACUUCCUUUCUAGACUUCCUCCUCCUCCCCUCUCUUGUUUCUUAAUUUUUAAUUUUUACAGCAAAUCCUUUCUGUUUUUUCAUAACAAUCUGUCAUUACGUUUCCUUAUUCUAUUUUCCCUCUUGUCAUAUAAAAACUUUAAGACUCAUAGCUUAUAUUCAAUAUUUACCAAAUUCUUACAUCAUUACCUUUUUACGAAUCAUUUACCAAUCCUUACUUAAGCCAUGUAAUUUCAUUCAACAUCCUUCAAACAUUUGUAAGCAUUCCCAAUAUUAAAAAAUAAAAAGGAAAAAAUAAUAAGUCAAAUUCAGCUUCCAACCUCCCCUCCCCUGGACCCGGGAUUGUCAGUCCUUUUAACCUCGAUAAUCCGGCUCCUUAACCUGGUUGUCUCGUAUCCGAGGCCCAGAGCAGGUCUUUCAACACCUGUGCCAUGAUCCUGUCAACAGUCUAGCUGAGCAUUCUGCACUAGCUGAAGCUUCCCAGACCAGAUCCAAGGGCAGCUCCACAUGGAGCAUGUUGCAGUAAUCUAAUAUUGCUAACUCAUGCCCAUGCAUUAAGAGGUCCACCAGUAAAUCCUUACCUCUUUGCUAGAAAGGAUGUCCUUCAUUGAGUUAGCAGCUGUUAGCAACCCCUCCUUGCUGAUUUUCAACUCCAGUCCAGAUGUGGCCCCUGCUGCUUGUUUAAAAGGGAGUGAUGUGGCCUAAAAGCAGUCAUGUCUGCACAGUGUAGCUGGGAGCAUUAGUCUGCCAAUUGUCUUGCUUUUGUUUAUAUCAAGCGACAAUCCCUUGGGCUUUGAGACUCACACAGUACCCUCUAAUUGCUGCGGCUCCAAUGUGGAGUUGAGUCUGUGGACUUGACAAAAAUUGUCUUAACCCUGGGGAUUUGAUCUUUUUAGGCCUGUUUUGAGAGAGUGCCCACACAUUCUCAUGUGAAUAUGCAUAGUGUUCGCGUACCUUUUAAACUUCAGCCCAUUUUUAGCAGAAUGCAACACCUGCCACUGUGACUGUUCCCUUCUGACUAUGUCCACAUGGGUUGUUGGCACUACUGUCCACCUGUUCCCUCUCUACCCCUGUAUUUUGCAGUAUCUCAUCAAAGGUGGCUGUGGGAGCUUUCAUUUAAGAUGAGGCGACGCAUCAUGCUGCUUAGCUGUUCCACUAUAGCAUCUGAUGAUCUACCUUGGCAGUUUUAAAUGUGCUCCUUUUGUGAAUUUGCAGACAAAUGCUAUGCUGUAAGCAGUUGCUCUGACCCAAGUCUUGUAUUUCAGAUGAUUGAAAUGUUGGCAGCAAGUGAGACUCUGGAAUUGCUGCGGCAGCUGAGUGUGUUACUGGAUCAAGAGUUAAGAUGUCAGCCAAAGUUAUCUGGCCUGAGAAUAAUUGAAUCUGCUCACGAUAAUGGGCUCCGGAUGACGGCAAGGUUGCGAGACUUUGAAGUGAAGGACCUGCUUAGUUUAAUUCAGUUCUUUGGCUUUGGUACAGAGACGUUUUCUCUCACAGUGAAUUACUUAGACAGGUUUCUGUCAAAAAUGAAGGUAAGUCUUGGAACAACAAAGCUGUAGGCUCAUUCAUCUCUUCGUAACCAUAUGGACUUUAAAGUCUUUGACUGCAAAGGAGUGUUGCAUUCAAUUCAACAUGCAUGCAUGCAGUUGUGCUAUGUAAAUCCUCGACUGGAAUUCAGAUUUUGAGGUCUCAGUAGUUCAGAGCAUCAGAAACUUCUCCUUGUCUCGUUGAUUCAAGCAAUUCUGAAUGCAUUCAAAGACUAAACACUAUCAAAGCACAUGUCUGAGAGGCUUCAUUUGCUCCUGCCUCUUGAGCCAGGAGUAGAGAUUGGGUUUCAACAUGAAAUGCAUAACUGUAUCUUGAACAUGCAUGCCAAGUUUAAUGUCACCUCUCUUUCACCAGUUGUAUAGUCUCUUUUGUAUAUUUGCUAGCUGCCUUGAAAAGAGAUGUGAGGCUGUGACUGUGCUUGCCCUUAAAAUGUAGAAUGCAUAUAAUUCUGAGGUCUCAGUAUUCGAGGCUGAUGCUGUGUAUCACAAGUAGGCAACUUACACAAUACCUUGUUUUUGAGUGGUUUGAACAAUGUUGUGGGUGAAAGUGUAUCCCACACAGGACCUUCUGUUUCUGGUGUGUUUGUUGGCUUGUUGGAGCUAUGUGGGAUUGUCCCAACUGCUGGUAGUGGUUGCUUCAUCCACCGCAAAAAGAAAAUGUGUUCAUCUAGCACAGGGGUUUUCUACCGUUUUUGGGCCAAGCACCAAAUUGAUCAUGACCAACUCAUCCUAAACCAUAUGGCAAGUGGGUGGGGGCAAGACCCAAUUCUCAAGCUGCAUUCUCUAUCCUAUUUUAAAUCAUGUCUAUCAUGUCAGUAUUCAUUAUUAAAUUCCGGUUUGUGGUUUGUUGAAAAAUAUUUUUCAAGGACAUUUCCAGGUGGGAUGGAGGAUGUUACAAACCUUGUAGAAUUGCAGCAGGAGACAUUUAGGAGCAGUCAGUCAGUCAGUCAAACAAACAAACAAACAAACAAACAAACAAACAAACAGUACCUUUUAAAAUGAAAUAAAAAGUAUUUAAGCAAUGGACUGCUGUGUGCCAGGCAUACAAUCUUUUUCGACUGCCCUUUCUGCAAGAGGGCAGGGGUUAUCUACUGAACUUGAAUAGCCUUAAAACAUUUGAGACACGUAUAUGACAGUGGGUGCUUGGGGAGCGAGAAAUAGUUGCCUUGCUUCCCCAAGCGUAGAGCUAACUGAGCAUGCAUUUCUAUUUAAGGGAUGACAGUAGGCUUAGGCAAGGAUAUUUGGAAUGAACUUUCCACUCAAGGAAGUUAAGAUGAUUAAUUGCCGGUGGUGGGAGGAGAACUUUUGGAAGUUCUACAGGGAAGCACAGCUUAAUGGCAGAACAUCUGCCUUUCAUGUGUAAGGUUCCAGCUCAAUUCCCAGCUAGAUCAUGAAAUUGUUCCCAUCUGGAACCCCUGGUGGUUGCUACCAGUCAAUCCUGAAGCUUGAUAGAUCUGACCCAGGAGUGCAGAAGGCUUUCCUAAACCACCUAGCUGCCUAUUAAUCUUACACACAUAAAAAUAUACUGUUGGACUUGUAUCUCAUUAAUCCUGUGAUGUGGAGUCUUAACUCCCAUUAAGUACAGUGGUAUUUACUUCCUGAUUAGCUGUUUGUUAGCAGCCUAAAACAAAUGAAAUUGCAUAUUAGAAAGAAAAACCCUGAAUCUCUGACUUUCUUUCCUCUUCUAGGUACAGCCAAAACACUUGGGCUGUGUUGGGCUAAGCUGCUUCUACCUAGCAGUGAAAGCGACAGAAGAAGAGAGGAAUGUUCCAUUAGCCACCGACUUAAUUAGAAUAAGCCAGUACCGAUUCACAGUUUCCGACUUGAUGAGAAUGGAGGAGAUUAUUCUAGAGAAGCUGUGUGGUAAAGUGAAAGCAACGACGGCCUUCCAGUUUCUGCAACUUUAUCACUCGGUCUUACAUGGCAGCCUAACCUAUGAGAGGUAGAGAAUUUUCCUUUCAGAACAUGUUUGGAAUGGGCAGUUCCAUUUAGGCAGAGUGGAAGUCUUUGCUUGGAUGGAAUUUGAGAACAGUGGAGAGUGAAAUCUGAGGCACCUGCAUUUUGAUAUAUUGUCACCUGUUGAAAAUGAUUCUGGUUUGAAAACUGGUUUUAGAUAAUUUGAUUCGGUGUUGUUCAUUUCUUCUGUAUUUUAUGGUUUCAUAGUUUUAUAAUGUGUUAAAUAUAUAUAUAUUGAAUGAGUUGAAGAUUUAGAAAUAAUAAAAAAUGAAUAUUACUAAACUGAUCUAAAAUUUCUCUAGCUGUUCAAAGCUUAGUAAUGUUAGCUUUGCCAUGUAAACUUUGUGCGCAAAGACGAGACUCUGCUAAACUAGGUCUCACUUUCUUACAGGAAGAAACAUCUUAAUUUUGAGAGACUUGAAGCCCAGCUCAAGGCAUGUCACUGCAGGAUUGUUCUUUCGAAAGCAAAGGUAAGGAUCUUGAUUGAUCAGUGCUUGCAGAAAUUCUGCAGGACCUGGAGAGGACUGAUUGUCAUCUUAAUUGCUUUGUCUGUUCCUCAGCCAUCUGUCUUGGCUCUCUCAAUAUUGGUCCUGGAAGCUGAAGAAGAAAAACUGCCAGAAUUGGAGGGCACCAUAGAACACCUUCAAAUACAUUCCAAGGUAGGCAGUAGAUAAAUGCUUAGUCCAGAAGAUUGGAUCUCUUUGUUUCCAGCAGCCUUGAGUUAAUGUAUAGAGCCUCUUGCCUAAUAAGAGACUAUGUACAAUGAAGGAUUUUGUCUACGUCGGUUUUCAGCGUGAUUAGAUCCUAUAGAAUCCUAGAGGUUUUCAACCUUUUGGGGACCACAGCUCUGUUGACCAACUAUAUUCUUUCUGCGGCUGCCCUGUGGGAUCAGGAGCCCAGUUAUGUCACCCCUUGCCUACAGAGCUGGCAGCCCCUCACCCUUUUUCAAACACCUUCCCUUGUGGAGUGUUCCCUCAGCCUCCUCUCCUUGGUAGUCCUCCAGGCAGCUGCUGCUGUCCCUGGUCUCUGAGCUGUCCCCUCUGCCCCAAGGAGAGGUGCCUCCUCCCACUGCCCCACAGGGGCCUGGAAAGCACCCCCUGGCCAACCCCAGAGGCACCAUUCAUCUGGGGAGCUUGUAGUCAGAUCUGCUGCAAGAAACAGCUGUGCAAUCCUUUGGGAGGCAGAGACGCAAGAAGGCAUCAGAGGAGGGAGAGAAGGAAAGAAGGUCAGAGGCCAGUGUUGCCCAUGGCACGCCUAACCAUCAUUCAAGGCACCCCAGGGUGCCAUGGCACACUGGUUGAAAACCACUGGGUUAGAGGGGAUCUCAAAGAUCUGCUAGCCCAACCCCAUAUUGAUAAACAAAAUGGAAUUUUUGGGACAGAUCUUUCCCUGGGGAAGCAGGGUAUGGUACUACCUGGUUUGGACAGUUGUCAGGUGGCAGAGUGUAGACUUAAGUGAAAAAGAAUGUCAAAACUUGUCGGAGCUUGAUACACAGGGUGGUGUUGAAACCUUGCUUAAGGGUAUUAGUAGUAGUACAGGCGGUGACCAUUUUGCACGCGUCCAGUUGAUGUGCAACUGCUGAUGAAUGGAUCCUUUUGGACCCAGAAGAGGCUAGAAUGGGUGUGCUGGCAAGUGUAACAGGGCAGAGUAGCUUCCACGGACUCUGCCUGUGCGUGUGGGGGUCAGGAACAGAAACCCCGCUCAGAAUGGUCACCACCUGCAGUAGUGUUGUUUGUUAGCUGCUUUAUACAAAAAAACCACCCUCAAUUCAAUUUAGCGAGUUAGACUACAGAUAAAAUCGAUUUAAAGCCUGAAAUUUAACAAUUUAUUAUACAUAAUUCCUAAAAUGAACCUCCCAGCAACACAGAAAGAAUAAGUCCUACCCUACCCUACUAAAAUAUGAGCAUCACAGUAAAAUCUAACUUAACUACCAAAGGCCUGGGUAAAUAAAAAAUCUCUUAGCCUGGCACCUAAAAACCGACAGUGAUGGUGUCAGACAUCUUGUCCCUAUGGAGAGCGUUCAUCAGGUGGCAGAUCAAAUUGUAUGUUAUUGUCUGCCAAUCGCAACAGCUUACUUGGUUCCUAGUGUUUAUCCUGAAAGCCAAGUGCACACCUGACUUUCAAACAAAGCUUUGCUGCUUUCUCAGUGGCACUGAUUAGUUUUUAUUUUCCAACUUGCUUCUGGCAGAUAAAUGACAGAGACCUGUCUUUUUGGAAAGAGCUUGUGUCCAAGUGCCUUUUGGAAUACUCCUCAAGCAAGUGCUCCAAACCAAAUGUUCAGAAGCUGAAAUGGAUUGUGUCCGGCCGUACGGCACGGCAGCUAAAGCACAGUUACUACAGAAUUGCCCAUCUUCCCACGAUCCCGGAAAGUGGUUUCCUGAAAGGUGAGUAAAUUUGAUUCUGUAAAACUGUAACUUAAAUCACUUUUAAAUAAGUUGCCUAUAUGGCAUGUGGGUUUUCUUGUAACUUUUGAUUUGUUUAGAAGAAGUUCAAGGCAUAAUUUUAAAAAUGCUUUCUGACCAUCUCUCACUCUGUGUGAUAGUGUGUGGCUAGGUCAGCGGUGCUAAUUAAAUAUCAAAGCUUCAUACCUGCUCCACUCCUGAUCUUUUCAAGGAGGAAGGGAAGAAGGUUCUUUAAAUAUUGACAGCACUCACAAGUGGCACAAAAAGUGGGUGAAUGAGUAGCCAAUAGGAAAGCAGUCUGCCCCUGAAAGUACAGUGGUAGCUUGGGUUACAGACGCUUCAGGUUACAGACUCCGCUAACCCAGAAAUAGUACCUCAGGUUAAAAACUUUGCUUCAGGAUGAGAACAGAAAUCGCGCGGUGGUGGCGCGGCGGCAGUGGGAGGCCCCAUUAGCUAAAGCGGUACCUCAGGUUAAGAACAGUUUCAGGUUAAGAAUGGACCUCCGGAAUGAAUUAAGUUCUUAACCCGAGGUACCACUGAACUAACUAGUGUAACAUUAGGAUGGAAACCUGUGGCCUUUCAGAGGUUGUACUCCCAACUCCCAUGAGCCUCAGCCAGCACUGUCAGUGGUCAGGAAUGACCACAGAUUCCUGUUCCCCACUGGUAAAAGUGUUGACCUAGGUUUUCAAAAUGAUCAUGGUUGUGCACAGUACUAUUUUUCUCGAAAAAGAAGUGCCAGAACUGACAAUGAACGCCUCCCUUGUUCUUUUAGAAAGGCAAUGGUGCCCACCUCAGAGGUGCCAGAGUUCUGGUGGGGGGGAAAGCAAUUAUUGUGCACAUUAAUGUACUUCUGCCAUCUUUCCAUUAGUAAUGUCUUUAUGGUAGGCUAAGUCAUGGUUUUGAAAACUCACUCCUCCUGAAAGCAGAAAGAUGAAAAGUUGGGGAAAUUCUUGUAAAUCUUCCCGCUGCAUAAGUUGCUUAUUUACUGAGAAGUGAAUGUUGCAGGGACCUUGUUUAGUGGACUGGCAGACUGAACUAUUGGACUAUGCAGAGAUGGUGAGAAUGACUAGGAAAAUCAGAAACCAGGAAGAUCAAAACUUCAACAAAGAAUGGGAGAAAUUUAUAUUAUAUUUGACAGACCACUGUAAACAUUUGAACUCUUUGGCAGGCCUUAAAUAGCUCUUGUUAUGUUACAUAAACUUUGGCUACAAUGGAAGACUAAAAAAUUAGGAUUUAUAAAAUGCAGUUGAAAACGUUAACCAAAGAGCCCACGGAGGGAAGAAGUCUAAAGAUUCAGAAGAAUCUUAUUUAUUUUUUAUUUGUGAUAUUGAGUGAUUUUUUUUUAAAAAAAAACGUACCAGAACUGAAUGUUGUACAGUACUGAUUAAAUCAAUUUAUACUCUUUUACUUUCACCUUGCAAUAACAUUUUUUUAUUAUUCAUUUAACUACAGAGAAUCCAUGA